CUGAGGCUCUGAAGUGUUACCAGUGCAUGACAUCAGAUCCUGAGGGCUGCACUGACCAAGAAGUAGAAUGUCCUUCAGAGAAUCAUCAGUGUGCUUCAGUUUUUCUCAAAGGUGGUUCACCAAGUGAGACAAUUCAGAUGAAGGGUUGUUUCUUACCUGAAGAGUGUAACGAGUAUUCAGCUAUCUAUGGAGAGGAAAAGAGGCUUCGUAUUUCCAAGUGCUGCAAGUCAGACCUCUGCAACACUGAACCUGUCCCUGAACCCAGCGAACCCGUUCCAAAUGGCUUACAAUGCUUUGGCUGUGUUGGAGACGACUGCAACAGAACUGUGAAUUGUGAGGGGAUCGAGGAUCACUGUUUUACAGAAACAGUGUCAUUCUCUAUAAUUACACGGACAAGGAAAGGCUGUGCUUCAAAGAGUGUAUGCUCCGCUGGAGAAAGCAACUCAGGGGAAGAGUCUUUUGGUAUCAAAAGAAGCUGCUGCCAGGGGAACUUCUGCAAUGCCGCCCCCACUGAUACUCUAAAGUGUUACAAGUGCUCAACACCAGGAAACUGCACUGACAAAGAGGAAGUGCAAUGUCCUGACCAGAAUCAUCAGUGUGCUUCAGUCUAUAUGAAAGAUAAAUAUACCACAACGGAUCUUCAACUAACGGGUUGUGUCCCAGCUGAACAAUGUGGGGAUUUUUCAACUGACUACGGAGAUAAUAAAAAGUUUAAAAUGAUCCAGUGCUGCAACUCAGACCUCUGCAACGGACAACUCAUCGAACCAGAAUCUGUUCCAAAUGGCAAAACGUGCUGUCUUGGAGAACAAUGUGACAGAACUCUGAACUGUGAAGGGAACAUGGACCACUGUUUUACAACAACAACUGUUGUUCUAGCUCUUGAAGGGAUCGAGAAAGGCUGCACUACAAAGGAUCAUUGCGCUUUGAAGACAGAAUUUAAGCAUAAAUAUUUUGCUAUGAACGUCAGCUGCUGCCAAGGUAACAACUGUAACCAUGGCAACAUUCAACCUAAGAUUACACCAACUGUCCAAAGCAGCGCCACCAUUUCAAAUGAAAAAAAUCGUGGCGAGAUCAAUCCAACUGUCAAAAGCAGCGCCACUAUUUCUAAUGAAAAAAAUCAAAUUCGUGACGGGAUCAAUCCAAUUGUCAAAAGCAGCGCCAAAAUCCCAAAUCAAAAAAUUCGUGGCGGCAUCAAUCCAACUGUCAAAAGCAGCGCCAUCACUGCAGCUGCCAGUGCUAGCAUCUUUGCAGGACUGUUGAUCUUUUUGGUUUCGUUUUCAUAAGUGAUGACACAGCUGAUUUUCCUUUUUGUUUUUUCUGUCAUCUAAUAGGUACCAGUCUGUAAUGGCCCAUCUUUGAUACUUUUGACCAAAGUGGGAGGCAAAAAAAUAUGUUUAAAAAAAUAAAAUGUUAUUUUUAAGUAGUUAAGAAUAUUUAGAACUUUUAAAUUGUAGAAAACCUAUUUAUUUAAUUGUUUGUACUGUAAGAAUGAUGUAUGUGUAAUUUCCCAGUACAAUGUACAACAACACAAAGGAUCUUUGUGGGUUUUCAAUAAACAAUGGCUGUUAAAAGCAAUUUUUUUAUUGUUUUUACCAAUUUGUUGCUCAGUGGUUUAAACAUAGCAGAAAAUAUUUGAAUAAAAUUGUGCUGGACCAGGGAGUUAGGAGGGAGACAAGUUGAAAUGCUAUGAAUGAAAAAUAAAUGGUAUUACCUAAGUUAGCAAGAUAAAUUAAUAAAUUUUUUUAAUCAAAGUGGGGGGGGCUGCCAAGAUACAGAAGUAGAGAGGUUGACCUCUGAAUCAGAGGAUUGCAGGUUCGGUUCCCACCUCGCCCGCCUUCGUGUCAACGUGUCCUUGGGCAAGACACUGAACCUGACAUUGCUCCUGGUGGUUACAGGUAGUGUCAGUGUUAAGGAGUAGAGCCGCUAUCAGUGUGUGAAUUUGUUUUGCACGUGAGUUAUUGGGGUGGUAAAAAAUGCAGUGGGUCUUCUAUGAAGGUAUGAAAGAGCCUUACAAGUAUACAUCACUUACAAUAACUAUACAUAAACUCAUCUGAUUUGUAAUCCAUUAAAGGGCCUAAACCAUGAAAAAUCAAGUGUUUUAUAAUGUUCAUUCCUCAUUAAAAAGAACCCCAAACUGGUAUUUUAAUCUGUUCACGCAUUUAUGAGUAUUCCUUUAAAAACCUGUGCUCUGAGCAGCAGCCCCUCCCAUACCUACAAAAACGAGUAGGUCCUCACCGUGUGACAGACUAGAGAUAACCAUAUACAUUGAUUUUCUUUUCUUUCUUUGCACAUACAUAAAAUGCAAUCACGUGGAUUACAGUGACAAAUAAAAACUGAAAUACAUCUGUGCAGGAGAGAGUGAGAAGACCUACACAGGUCUUAUAUAACAACCUCCCCCAAAACACAACCAUGCAACAGAAACAGAAAUGUUAAGCAAAAAAAAUAAAUAAAUAAA